AUGGCCAACCCUCCUCCCAUCGUCCUCGAUGGCGGUACCGGUUUCCUCAAGGUCGGCUAUGCCGCCCAAAACUUCCCCGAGUUCCAAUACCCCUCCAUCGUUGGCCGGCCGAUCCUGCGUACCGAGGAGAAGGGCGCCGGCGAGAGCGACAUGGUCAUCAAGGACAUCAUGUGCGGCGACGAGGCCGCCGCCGCCCGCACCAUGCUGCAGAUAUCCUACCCCAUGGAGAACGGCAUCGUCAAGAAGUGGGACGACAUGCAGCACCUGUGGGACUACACCUUCGCCGAGAAGAUGAAGGUCGACACCACUGGCCGCAAGAUCCUGCUGACCGAACCGCCCAUGAACCCCCUCAGGAACCGCGAGCAGAUGUGCGAGGUCAUGUUUGACCGCUACGGCUUCGGUGGUGUCUACGUCGCCAUCCAGGCCGUCCUGGCCCUGUACGCACAAGGUCUCAGCUCCGGUGUCGUGGUCGACUCAGGCGACGGCGUCACCCACAUCGUUCCCGUCUACGAAUCCGUCGUCCUCAACCAUCUAACACGCCGGCUCGACGUCGCGGGCCGAGACGUCACCCGCAACCUUAUCGCCCUUCUCCUGCGCAGGGGCUACGCGCUCAACCGGACAGCGGACUUCGAGACUGUCCGCCAGAUCAAGGAGAAGCUGUGCUACGUGAGCUACGACCUGGAGCUGGACAAGCGCCUGAGCGAGGACACGACGGUCCUGGUGGAGAGCUACACCCUGCCGGACGGUCGUGUCAUCCGCGUCGGCAGCGAGCGGUUCGAGGCGCCAGAGUGCCUGUUCCAGCCCCACCUGGUCGACUGCGAGCAGCCGGGCAUGGCCGAGUUCCUGUUCAACACGAUCCAGGCGGCGGACGUAGACGUGCGCUCGAGCCUGUUCAAGGCCAUCGUCCUGUCGGGAGGAAGCAGCAUGUACCCGGGGCUGCCGUCGCGGCUGGAGAAGGAGAUCAAGCAGCUGUGGCUGACGCGGGUGCUGGGCGGCAACCCGGAGCGGCUGAGCAAGUUCAAGGUCAGGAUAGAAGACCCGCCAAGACGGCGACACAUGGUCUUCCUGGGAGGCGCGGUGCUGGCCAACAUCAUGGCCGACAAGGAGAAUAUGUGGAUCACCAAGCAGGAGUGGGAGGAGCAGGGCCCCAGGGUGCUGGAGAAGCUGGGCCCGAGGUAA